UGGGCGUGUCCCCGUUCCCGCCCCUCCCGCCGCGAUUCAAAUUUGAAGCCCGGUGUUUCCCGCCCGAAGUCGUUUCCCCGCCGCCAUCCCCCGGUUCCUCCCGCCUCCAAUGGGCGCCGCCGCCGCCGCCUCCCGCGGUGCCCGCACCCGGCGGGGCCCGGCCGCAGCCACGGAGCGCGCGGCCUCCAGCAUCCAGGUGCUGCUGCAGGCGGCCGAGUUCCUGGAGCGCAGGGAGCGGAGACACCGGGUCCCGCCGUGCCUGGCGGAGGCCGAGCACGGAUACGCGUCGCCGUGCCCCGCCAGGCCCCGCCAGGCCGGGAGCGGCGGCAGGUCGGUGCACAACGCGCUGGAGAAGCACAGGCGGGCUCAGCUCCGGCGCUGCCUGGAGCAGCUGAAGCAGCAGGUGCCGCUGGGCGCGGGCCCGGCCCGUUCCACCACGCUGAGCCUCCUGCGCCGCGCCCGGCUGCACAUCCAGGUGAGCUCAGCCCGUGGGUCCGUGUCCCUCCGCCCUGCCCCGGCUCUGACCCCCCCGGUCCCGCAGCGGCUGCAGGAGCAGGAGGUGACGGCGCAGCGGGUGAAGGACCGGCUGCGGAGCAGGCAGCGCAACCUGCGGCAGCGGCUGGAGCAGCUGCUGAGCCCCGGCGGGACGGAGCGGAUCCGAGCGGACAGCCUGGACUCGUCACGGCUCUCGGAGCAGUCGGGGUCUGACGGAGAGGAGGCCGAGAUCGACGUGGAGGGCGCUGGGCUCGGUGCGGAGCCGCUGGUCGGCUUCAGCACCGGCAGAGACCACAGCUACUCCAGCCCCCGCAGCCCCUGGUCCUGACGGCGCUGUCCCUCGGGACGCGGCUGUGGGGGCAUCGGGUGCCUGGUGCAUCCCUACAUCCCCAGCCCAGGCGGCUGGAUGGAGCUGGGCACAGCGCUGGGCGCACGGCUCCGGGCUCCACUGCACAGCAAAGCGCUGCAGGAGUACAAGCAGCACUGGUGGACAGCCCGGCCCAGUGGGGAUGUGUGUACAGUAGACACAGGGUAGUGCCCGCCCCCCAGAUGCAGCUCCAGGCUAACCCUGGUGAAGCCAGCAAGGGGAAGUGAGCACAUUGAGCAACGCUUCGCGCUCCCACCACCACCUUGACUCCUUUUCUUGUACAUAUCGACACUAUUAUUGCAGUAAAGGCACUUGGUUAAA